UUAGUUUUGGCAUCCAUAGAUCGACCAUUCCAUAAUUGUUGACAUGCCUAUCGCUUUCAGGAUUAUAUACAUACAAUAAAUAAAUAAAAUAAAAUAAUGGCACGCACACACGCACGACCUAGCUUAACUAGUUUGGCAUAAUUUGGUGGCAUGAAGCGGCAGAACUUUGGCGCCGCACUCACACUCGACUACUCCACGGGGAGUAGAAUGUAGGAUCAUCAAAUGGAGGUAGCAGUGUGGCUCGGCGCCUUCGACACCCCCGAGGCCGCCACCAUGGCCUACGACCAGGCCGCCGCCGUCCUCAACUACCCCGUUGAAAGCGUGAAGGAGUCUCUCCGCACGCUCGCGCUACGUCCCGACGUGCCGGGAGGUUCCCCCGUGCUCCCGCUCAAGCGCCGCCACUCCAUCCGGAAGCGAUCCCCCAACAAGGCCAAGAAGACCACCGCUGGUGCUACUCUGCUCGCGCCCACCAAGAUGAUGAUCAACGAGCAGGCGGCAGCCGCGCCGGUGCAGCAGUCGACGACGUCAUCCGCAGGCGUGGUGGAGCUCGAGGACCUUGGCGCGGACUACCUGGAGGAGCUGCUCCGGGUGUCCGACGAGCCAUCGUCAUCAUAUCGACCAUGCUGAUGGGGAGCUGGGAUCAUCAUCACCAUCACUAUGUCGAUGACCAAUCAGCGCUCGCCAACACGGCGCCGUUGUUGUUCCCCAAUUGCUAGUUUGAGAGCUCCACCCAUGGCUAGCUGGCUGGCUCAACUGCCGGCUCCUCCUCCUCCUCCUCUGCUCUCUCUGCUUUGACUUAAGAGCAUCUCCAGCCUCACCCCAAGCCCACUUUUUGUGUGCGGACAAUGUAAAAAAGGCAAAAAAAAAAUGACUCACUCAUGCCCCCAAGCGCCCCCGACCUCAAAAAAGCGUCGGCAAACCUAGGCGAAACACAGCGCGCUGGGUGCUGGCGAAAGCAACAACCAAUAAUAUUCCCCAUGCGUCCUUUUGUUUGGCCCACCGAAUCACAUUUUGGCUGUCCUGGGGGCACCAACGGCUUAGAAAACAUACUCCCGUUUCAUCCGGCGAAAACGUUUUGCCCCGCAGGGCGUGCUACUUUUUGCCCGGCGAUUGGGGGCCUCCAACAGCUGGAGAUGCUCUAAAUUGCAAUCCAUCCAUCGACCAUUGCAUGCCCCGUAGUAUGUCUCUCUGUUUCGUAUGUACUACAUCAAAAAAAAAAGAGAAAGAGCUAGUUAUAGAAUGUUAGACUAUGUAUAGCUUCUGUAUUUGUGUACGUAUAUUGUAUC